GUGUGGCAGGUGGAUUCUCUGUUCUAGACGCUCUUGUGGGAAACAGGAAACUUAGAACCUUUUUACAACCUUUGGACUACUGAGGAAAACCAUGUGAGUUUAAACUGAAACUGGUGAGGCUGAGAGUCUUUUUGGACUAAAGUGUGAAACAGAGAAGAGUUUGAGUUUGAGUUUGAGUUUGGCACUGACACGUCUGCUCAGGCUGCUGAAAGUGAAAGUGAAGCUGCAGAAAGAGCCUCAGGAGAAAAGAGACUUUACUGCAGAGACAAAAUGGCUUCUAAACUAGAAGAGGAUCUCACCUGUCCUGUGUGCUGUGACAUCUACAAGGAUCCUGUCCUGUUGUCCUGCUCUCACAGUGUGUGUAAAGCCUGUCUGCAGCAGUUCUGGGAGAGCAAAGGACACAGAGAAUGUCCCUACUGCAGGAGGAAGUGCUCAAAGGAAUUCUAUCCUCCUAACUUUGCAUUAAGGAACCUGUGUGAGACGUUCGUACAGGAGAGAAAUCAGAGAGAUUCUGAGGUGCUCUGCAGUCAGCACAGUGAGAAACUCAAGCUCUUCUGUGAGGAGGAUAAACAGCCUGUGUGUCUGGUGUGUAGAGACUCUAGAAAACAUAAGAAUCACAACUGCAGCCCCAUAGAUGAAGCAGCACAGGACCGAAAGGAGGAGCUCAAGAUCAAACUGCAGCCCUUACAGAAGAAACUGAAGACCCUUGAAGAAGUUAAACUCAUCUGUGACCAAACAGCAGCACAUAUGAAGACACAAGCCCAACACACAGAGAAGCAGAUCAAGCAAGAAUUUGAGAAGCUUCACCAGUUUCUACGAGAUGAAGAGGCAGCCAGGAUAGCUGCACUGAAGAAGGAAGAGAAGCAGAAGAGUCAGAUGAUGAAGGAGAAGAUUGAGAAGAUGAGCAGAGAGAUCUCAUCUCUUUCAGACUCAAUCAGAGCCAUAGAGAAGGAGAUGGGAGCUGAUGACAUCACAUUCCUUCAGGUCAAUCUGGAAAAGAGUGCAGCUAAAUUAACACAUUCUGAACCCAAACCCACAGCAGCACUGACUCCUGAAUGUUAUUCCAGAGCCCAGUGCACACUGCAGGAUCCAGAGAGGGUUUCAGGAGCUCUGAUCAAUGUGGCAAAGCACCUGGGCAACCUGACGUUCAGAGUCUGGGAGAAGAUGCAGGAGACUGUUCAGUACACUCCUGUGACUCUGGAUCCCAACACUGCACACCCACGACUCAUCCUGUCUGAGGAUCUGACCAGUGUGAGAUGUGGUGAUGAGGUGCAGCAGCUUCUUGAUAACCCAGAGAGAUUUGAUUUAUAUGAAAGUGUCCUGGGCUCUGAGGGCUUUAACUCAGGGACUCACUGCUGGGAUGUGGAGGUUGGAGAGAACACAUGGUGGGAUGUGGGUGUGAUGACAGAGUCUCAUCAGAGGAAGGGACGCAUAUACACCAUGAGUGGAGUGUGGUGUGUGUGGUAUGCUGGUGCUGCAUAUGUAGCACUUGCUCCUCCUCAUGACUCCACUGACCUCACAGUGCAGCAGAAACUCCAGAGGAUCAGAGUGCAGCUGGAUUGGGACAGAGGAGAGCUGUCCUUUUUUGACCCUGAUAAUAACACACACUUACACACUUUCACACACACUUUCACUGAGAGAGUGUUUCCAUACUUCUGUACUGACAUAAAUGUCCCUCUGAGGAUGUUACCAGUGAAGGCCUCAGUAAGAGUAGAGCAGCACAGUUAGAGCUGAUACUGACUCUGAACCAGGGAUGACAUACUGAGUGGGAAACCUAUAGGAGAGAAGACUAUGAAGAAACAAAGCCAUCGAGUAAACAGUACAAAUAUAUGAACCAUUUAAUGUAUUUGAUUAUCAUGUGUGUAAUUUCUUUACCAUGUUUCAAGUCAUUCAAACACCAUUAUCAUAUAUGAGUUAAUUUUGUGAGAAGUGCUUUUAUCUGUAUUCCACUGUGCCACCAGCACAUCACACACUUGUGAACAGUGAACCAUAACAGAAUAUCUGAGAGGGAUUUCUGGUAGGCUGUCCAUGGACAGAAUACAUCAACUUUACCACAACCCUUUUAAAAAUGAAAGUGAUUUCACGUCAUUUUGAUAUUAUCAUUGGUAAAUGAAUAAGGACAAUAUAC